AUGGCAGUAUCCCCGCCAGAUAGCUACCACCCCACACCUGACACUCCCUUGAGCGAAGACAAAGUACGCGACUCCAUGGAGGAUCUUGAUCCUCAAGCGACCCGGAAGCGUCCGCGCCUCGACAGUGGAAGUCGUGCGAGCGAGUCUUUGUCCGUCGACGAAAUGUCUCGUCCGUCAUCCGUGCCUGCCUCGGAAAUGGACGAAGAUCCAGCUCGCCCCGCGAGCAAAGUCACCAUUAACAUGAAAUCUCCUCCCUCCCCUGCCGCCCUUGAGCUUCCUUCCACCGAAUCUGAGCUUCCAGACAAUGCCUCGGAGCUCCAAGUCGACUCCGAUGCCGCAUCCGCCAAUGUCAUAUCCAUACACUCUUCAUCCUCCCAGGGCUCUCCUCAAAUCGAAGUUGCCGACCUCGAAGAUAUGAACCAAGAAUCGAACCAUUCCAACUGGAAACCUAUUGCUGAGGCUAUUAACGACCAAGGCGACAUGGAAGUCGAGGCACAAGAUAACGAAUCUCUAGCCGACGCUUUCCCCAAGCUACACGAAGACAUGAGAGCCCGAGACAACUUGAAGGGGAUUGGUGACAUGAUAGAACAUGGACACGUACGCGAAGGCAUCGCACUGGCUGCAACGAAACAAUGGCUAAGUACUUGCGUGAAGAACCUCGACCGAGUAACGCUGGAGGCCUUCAUGGAUGACACGGAAUUUUGGGAAAACUUCCCAUGGAUCAUGGAUCGUCUUAUGCGCAGACAGCGCAUGCUGCAAUUAGACAAUAACGACGACCCUCUGGUGUUUCUCGAAGAACUUCUGCUCGACUACGCCCGCCUAGUCUUUCACUUCGUUCACAUAGACACCCAAUCUCUGAGUUUGAUACAAGCCGAUGAAGAUCUGGAAGGUGUCCCCAUUACCUCUAGACGUUACCUUGCUGGCUUCCCUUGGUUGCUACAUGUUUCCAACCUUCCACUUUACCGUACUAUGGAUGCGCAAUGUCGGAUUGAUAUGCACCAAUUCCUUCUCUCAGUGAAAGAUGACAUUGCGCAACCCCCAUUCAAUGCAUCGCGCCAGCUGCUUGAUUAUGCUGCCAUCGUUCUUUCUCUUGUUCCGACGCAACCUACACUUGUUCAGCACCUACCACAAAUCAUGAUGUGCAUCAACACCUUACUUGGAGUCGAUCUGGAUCAGACUUGGACUGGUGUCUCUGACUCUACAGCUGACUCCGCAUCCGCGUCACCCGGCUUGCAAGACUUCUUCAAUACAACUCGAGCCCUUGCUACACAACAUGAGAAGUAUGUCACCAAGAAAUCACCACUAGCUACAAGCGAUGUGAGUGACAAUCUCAUCCGAUCAGUCUUCCGUGCGUACAAUUUCAUUUGCUCCGCCGAUGACCAAUUUGUGGACCAACUUUCCAAGAACCUGGGGCUCGAAUUCCCCGCGGAUCUUCCUGAACCCCAUCGGGUGAUGGCUGUCACUUGGGCAUGGAAAUUUGAUGCAAUGAAGAAACACCUCAUGGAAGGUCGCAUGGAGCUUCGAGUCCACGGCGUUGAGACAAUGCAAUCGGAUCUGGUCAGCAUUUGGACUCAGAAUACAACUGCCACCUCUUCGGAUUCUGCAAUCGUGCUUAUGAGGUAUUUGGUAAAGUUGCUCCGUGACCACAAGAUACUCGAUUAUCUGGUGGGUAUCGACUCCCACCCCCAAUUGCUCGCCCGCACAAGCAACAUCUUUGGAUUCUUGAUCAUGACCGAUACGUACACCGAUGCGGACUCGGAUAUGAUCUGGAAGACCAUCACAGAAAGUCAAGAUGAUAGAACUGUUUCCGAAGUUAUCAAAAUGCUUUCGCGAACGCUCCCCAUUCAUUCUUGCAGAUCUGCCCCAUUGCUAUAUGUGUGUUCCAAGUUACUCGAAUUGCCCUUAGAGCGGUUUGACAGCCGCAUAAUGGAGCUUUGCGACGAGCUUGUGCCACGCAUGCGGGAACGACCUCCCGACCGUGGGGAGCCAGAACUGGCACAUGUAGACGCGGUUCCACUGAAACUCUGUGUUCGACUGAUUCGAGAGGGCUCCGGUGCAUCACACAUAGCCAUCGACCAGAGGGAAUUUAUGCAGUCGUUCGGCAGCGAACAGCUGGGUCAGUUCAUGAAGGCAGGCCUGAAUGAAUUAGAUAAAGUGGAGACAUACGAACGCUGCAUCCAAGAUAUUGCCGAUAUGAAUUCGUCCAGCGCAGGAAGUAUUCAGGUACUGAACGCCCUGGUGCCCUUCGAUGAUGCACCGGAGAUCUGGAAGCUUGCAAAUGAUUUCGACUUGACCCGACUGGUGAUCAAAGAACUUCACAAUUUUGUGAAUAAAGACCAGCGCGAGCGCGAGGGUCUGGCUUUUGGUCACGGUUUCCCCUCUAGGGUGGAAAUCCUGAGGCGCCUGAUCGAUAUGGCACCAGAGACGAUCACAUCCGACCUGGGCAACAUGCUUUGGAAUGAAGUUCUCCUAUCCAAGAAUCUGACUUUGGAAGAGCGUCAAAUGAUUUGGAGGACAAUGGUUGAUGUUGCCAACCGCAGUGUCCAAGAGAAUACGUUCCUGGAGCGUUGCAUCCAUGAGUAUCUUCCCAGCCUCUUGCCCGUCGAUUAUUCGCAUGAAGUUUUGUGGUUUGCCCAACAAUCACUUAAUUAUCAAAUUCAGGUCAACAUGCCUCCCACGGCUGGUGAAGAUGAAGUGAUCUCUAUCCUUGGGAUGGAUCGGAUCUGGAAUUUCAUUCUGACUGCACCGCCAAACACAAUCGAAGGCGAUGCAAUCAAGUUCGCCAUCAAUGUCUAUCUAGACCAUGGGAUCAUCCGUAGGGCUCCGCGCUCGGCUAUUGAGGCAACCCAUAUCGCUCUAGUUGGCCGCUGCGUGGAUCAACUGAAGUCCGCGGCGGCGGCAUUGAGACCCUCUUCCAAUGGAACACCCACCGGAGAUUCUUCCAUGGAAUCGUUCACUGCUUUUCCUCCGUCAAUUGCUGCAUGGAUUGCGCGCCAGGCCGCAGUACAACUCUCCCCGUGGCACUCCCCCCGCAUUCCUGAGCGCCCAUUGAAAGGCGAGCCCAUUAGCAUCCAAUAUCAAUGCUUUGGUGGCAACUCUUCAACUAAGAUUGAUACCAUGCAAAUUGGUUCUCUCUCGACGGCUGCAGAACUUGUUGAACGCCUUGUACAGCUGAGUCGCUUUUCCAAGCUGACCACUAUCAUCGGUGGGCAGAAGGUGGAGUUGCUUCAGGAUCCCAAUGCCCUUGUGCAAAAUCUGAAGCUUCCUUCCGGUUUGCUCAUUGUACGGAAAGCACCCAAUGCCCACGAGCUUCCUUGGGCUGGUCGGAGUCAAUCCUUGACAUCCGUCGACAGCGAAGUUCUGAAACAUUUCGAUGAGUUCUAUGAUCUGCUCGAAUUGAAGGACCACUUGGCUCGGCAGAUCUUUGACUUUCUGGUCGUCUUCCCACCCCAAGAACAAGCUGUCAAUAUGGUCCGGUCUAUUGACAAUACCGAAAAAGACAUGUUCCCCCUGCAAAAGCCGUUCAAGGCCCUUUACUCCCUCAAUACACUGUCAAGUUGUUUGCACGAGGAGGCCUUGGAGACACCUCCGCGAUGUGACCUUGUAUCUCACAGCAUCGAAGUUUUAGUUACCUUGUUGACGGGCGAUGAAUUGCUUCAGUCUAUGAAUGGAGACCCGAUCGGCUAUUUGCUCGCUACAAAAGCCGUCGAGUGUCUUCUCUUCGCAUUUUCUGUUUACCGUUCGGCUGAUGCCAAUGCCAUUUUGGUUGCCGAGCCAAGCUCUUUGGUUCAGCGCCUAUGCAAGAUGAUUGACUUCGGAUUAGAAGACUCUCCUGAUUCACGGAAGGUACUUUGUCUUCCGAAGUUGGUCUGCUGCUGUUUUGCGGUUUUGCUUGAUGGUUCAGUGCGUGAUCAACACAUCUGGAAUGCCGUCAAAGAGAAUGCCGAAUUCGACGGAUUGAUUCUCUCAUUGCUCCUCGUCGAUAGCCGAAAGCCUAUACGGGUUGAGGUCUUGGAACGCAUCAAGAUAAUUUGCGGCCCUUUGAAACCGUCCAAGUUGCCGUCAAGUACAUCUGCCGAGGACGCUGAAAAGUCUACCGAAAAUCCCCUACGAAUUGAUAUACUUGCUACGCUCUGGAACUCACUGGUACAGGUAAUUCCCAAAACUCCUCUUUAUGCCAACCAGUCUGAGGAAUUCUUCAUUGCUGCUCUGUGGAUGUUCCGCACCAUCGCUCAAAAGUCACCAUGCGAUCUGAUCUUCAAUGACUAUCUCAAACACUGGAGCUCGUUCAUGCUCUCGCACCAGACUGAAGAGUUCAUUGGACGCGAGCCAGUUGAUAACUUGAUUAUUGGGUUCUCUUCUCUGCUAGAAUGGUGCCUCAAGCUGGCCAAUGCUGCCAAUGUCCAUUUGGACACGUUGGACAUUGCAGAGCAAAUUUUGUCGAAGUACCUGUUCCCAGACCUCUCACCGGAGCCAGACGACAAGUUAGAAGCUCAAACCCCAGUCAUGAAUAGCGGCACCCGCCAAAGUCUCUACAGUGUUGUCAAUUUGUUAUGCAAGCAAAGCGACGAGACUUACCUCCGGAUCAUGGAAAGCCUAAGCACAACUGUCCCACGAGACGUCAUUCACUUCGACUGGGCUUUCGAUCGAUCGGCGAUGAUUCGUUCCCCAGAGGGCUACGCUGGUUUGAGAAAUCUUUCAAAUACUUGCUACCUCAAUUCAUUGAUGACACAAUUGUUCAUGAAUAUUGAGUUCCGAGAUUUCAUCUUGAAGCUUCACAUUGCGGAUUCAGAAUCUCAGAAGCUACUCUUUGAGACCCAAAAAUUGUUCACGUGGAUGCAGGAGACCUGGAGAAAGAGCAUCGAGCCGCAGGACUUCGUUGACAGUAUUCGGACCUUUGACAAUGAACCCAUUGAUGUGACCAUCCAGAUGGAUGUCGAUGAGUUUUACAACCUUCUCUUUGAUCGUUGGGAGUCUCAGGUUCUCGAUACGGAAAGCAAAAAGAAAUUCCGUUCGUUCUACGGUGGUCAAUUGGUUCAGCAGAUCAAAUCGAUGGAAUGCCCUCACAUAUCCGAAAGGCUUGAGCCAUUCUCAGCCAUCCAGUGCGAAAUCAAGGGCAAAGCAAGCCUCGAAGAAAGUUUACGCGCUUACGUCGCUGGUGAGGUCAUGCAAGGCGAUAACAAAUACUUCUGCACUUCAUGCGAUAAUCAUGUGAAUGCUGUGAAGCGAGCAUGCUUGAAAGACGUUCCCGACAAUCUGAUUUUCCACCUCAAACGGUUCGACUUUGAUAUGGUGACUAUGCUGAGGAGCAAGAUCGACGAUGAAUUCAUGUUCGCACGUCAUAUUGACAUGACUCCAUACACGGUCGAGCAUCUGUCUGAUCCCGAGCAGCCUGUCCAAUCGGAUUGGUUUGAAUUGACUGGUGUCCUUGUCCACACGGGUACUGCCGAAUCAGGGCAUUACUACACUUACACCCUUGAGCGACCUUCAUCCGGCGGAGAAGCCUCUUGGGUGGAGUUCAAUGACUCGGAUGUCUCCAGAUUCGACCCAAGUUCAAUCGCGGACCACUGCUUUGGCGGCCCCAGCGAGCAGAUGCAGUACAAUGGCGAGCCCAAGAACAAGGUCUGGAAUGCAUACAUGCUUUUCUAUCAGCGUGUUUCGACUAUGGAUGAAUCCAGAUCUGUGUACAAGCCUACAAAGUCCCAAAGCCCGGUGCAUGUUCCUGUCUCUGUUCCGAUCAGCAAUCACAUUGCUAUGGACAACGAACUUCUCAUUCGGACCUACUGCCUUCUUGAUCCCCAGUAUGCCUUUUUCGUCGAGAGUUUGCUUCAACGCCUCUCUAGCAUACCUGAAGAUAAUCCCAACAAGAGCUUGGCAGAGACGUUAGCUGUUAAUGUCGGCAUGGACACAUUCGAACAAAUGGUCUCAAGAACAAAGGACCUUCAGGGACAUCAAGAAUUGUUCACUGUACUCAUUGCCAUGAUCAGUGGAAGCCCCAACGCCGCCCGCUCUACUCUUGACUGGAUGUUCGACCGCACAUCGCCAAUCCGCAAUCUCAUGACCAAGAUGCCCCAGCCAGAGGUUCGGCACAAGGAAAUCCUGUUGAUCUCAUUUGCCAUCAAGCACCUUUACACGUUGUCAAAAGACCCCAAUCGUGAAGAGGGUGAGCUGGCUUUCUGGCGCAACACCUUUGAAGAAGCCAUUAUACGUCUCGUACCCAUGCUGAUUGAGGUCUGGCCCAGCGUCCAGAGCAUUUCGCGGGUGUGGGAGGAUUACUUUGGUUUCUUUGUCAGGUUGUGCAGUUACGGACCUUGGGUUGUUAAUCAUCUCGCUGAUAAACAUCUGUUCGUUGUCUGCCUGCAAAUCCUCUGGUUCGACGAGGAUGACAAGAAAAGGAUGAGGGCCAAUUUCCCCAACUACGCACGUCUAUUUGAGAAGGGCCGUCGGUUUACCUACCUGAACAUGCUAUCGCUGUUCCAUAUCUUUUUGAAACACAUGGAUCUGUCUCUUGAGCCCGUCGGUCGUAGCGAGCCACGCACUAUCUCCAACGACAAAAUGUCCCUGAGGCCUUUUGAGAUGGAACUCAUGAAGUCGAUCGAGAAGGAUGGCUCACUUGGCAUUGUGAGGCAAAUUUUCAGACAUGAGACCCUUUCAAAGACCCAGACCGCUCGUUCAAUCCUUGCAACCUUGUUGGAAGGAGAACCCGCCGCAGGCCUCCUCCCUUCGAUUCAAAAAGCGAUUGAGAACGGACUGAGGAUUGAGCCUGCCAUCCAAUGUACAGCCUUCCUCGAGGCCGCAGUGGUUUUCUGUCAGCACUGCCCUAGCAAGCAGCGAGUCAUUGACAUGAUUACCUGGGUCGCUAACGGCGUGGAGAGCAUUGAUAGCAGCGGUGGUCAGGAGCACAUUACAUUCUUCAUCACUUUGUGUCAGAGUACCAACGAGCGACUCAAGUUGAGCGGCGAGGCAUUCGCUGAGAUUGUCUUCACUAUGAUUCCAACAUGGGCUCCCACUUUGCUCAUCGACAGGAAUGAGAAUGUUCGCAUUAGCAUGCAGAACAUCCUCAGUGUCUGGGUUUUCAUUGAGGGCAACGAGGAAUCCACCUCUGAUGAAAGCGAAGAGAACGACGAAACGGAUCAUAGUCCAGAGACCAACAAUCCCCUUGAAAAGCGACGCCCUGUUAUUGGCAGAGGACUGGUCCGCGCCUGCAUCGAUAGGAUCAAGACGGCAUUCGUGAAGGACCCGCCUCGUCGUGUCGACGAUAGACAGGUCGAGCGUAUUGUUGCAGUGAUGAACUAUUGCUUGGGCAAAUACUUUACCGACAGCGAGGAGGACCAGCAAAUUGUCACGGAGGCCAAAGAUCUCAUAAUGCUUCUUGAAACCUUGACCAUGGAAGAUUUCGCUGACGACCAAGCGUCCGAAUCAGACGUACCUUCUCCUGAGGAAUGGGAAGCGAAUUCAGCAAUGGCCAGUGAUUCCGAAGUCGGAGUCGCAGGAAGCCCCUAA